UGAUAGCCUUUAUAAAUAUCACAGUUAAAUCUUAAUCGUUAACGCUCAUAAUUGUGUAGGUUUUUAAUGAUAUGAACUAACGCUAUUUUACCGAUAAAGAAAAUCAUAUUCCUCAGGAAAUCCUCAGAGAAUAUUAACCUCCUCGCGUUCAGUCAUUUUCACGGGUGAAGAUUAGUACGCUGUAAUUUGCCAAGUGUACGGGUUCAACGACCCCUAGUCUCGCACUUUUGUUGCGUGACAUUUGCGUUUUGCCGUGUCUGCGUCUGGAUUUAUUUCCGAUUCCCUUUAUAUAGGACAAUAUUAUAAUUAAAGCCCACUACCGAAUCCGUUAAUUAAAACUUGCGGUUAUAGAAACAACCGCGGAUCCGACCGUACGUAGUUAAUUAACAUUCGUUGGUUAAAAUAAUAAAUAUCGCACUCCAAAAAUACGAGUCGGCUGUUUCCGAAGCCUGAAAUCAGAUAAUUAGAGGUCGGUGUGACCUCACAGCCGAGCGACCCAUCUCACGCCGCUUUUCUACACCUGUCUUUAUUACACUGGCCCGCCCGUGAAAUUUUGACAGCGGCCUUUUUACAAAAGUCAAAACGUUACACCACUGUGACACGCCACGAACCACACAAUCGAACUCUGAUUUAAAAACGUGUGUAUUUAAAACUGCGCGUGCUGCGUUUAACAUAUUGCAGAUUGAAAUCGGAUUCCGGCUACGCCCACUGUUUACAUCUGUGAAGCGUGUCGUCAUUCGAUUUUUAUUUUCACUGAAAGCGCAUCAUUUCAAUGUGUACUGAAUACUCGUAAAUAGUUUACAAAGCAAACGACAGACAAGUGAUUCGUAGAAAUGGAGUGCGGUCAGUUUAGAAAUGGAUUGAGAUGGAGCGCGUAUUCAGCAGCAUCUACCGAGUCUAACCGUCAGUCUGUAGUGAUCGAAGAGAGCUCAAGUGAUGGACAGUGCCCUGUUAACGACAACUACUUGAUAACGUUUCCCGACGACGACAGUGACAUCGACGAUCACAAUGACGAACUUCAUAAUCGCAGCUACGAGAACCCUCUUUUCGUCCCCGCGCACCAAGUUUUAAAAGACGCGAUAAGUAACGACACUCAAUUAAUGAAGAGUGAGGCAAAAAAGUUGGAGGAUUAUAAGUUUUGUGAGGCGGUCAACGACUUCGAUAUCGAGUUGGAGGCCGGGGACGCUGUGCCGAUCGUAUACCUGUCCUCCACGAGGGCCGCCAAACUACAGAGGGCGCUCAAACUCGCCGGAUACAAAAAGCUGGGGGAAGGGGUGGAGUUGACACUUGGCGAGCUGCGCGCCAUGGCGUUGCGACAGCAGCAGCAGAUCGACACGCAGCACCAGCUGCUCUGCGCCAAGGAGCAGCGGCUGCGGUACCUGAAACAGCAGGAGGCGCGGCAGCAUCAGGUGGCGGUCGAAGGCGAGCGGCUACGGCGCUUGCGCGAGCGCGUAGAGGCGCAGGAGUUGAAGUUGCGCCGGUUACGGGCGCUACGCGGCCAGCUGGACAGGAACAAGCAGGCGAAUAUCGCUCUUACCAGUGACCUCGAGUCGAUACGAGCGCUAUUCAAUGAGAAAGAGAAGGAGCUAUCGGUGGCCGUGGCGAAGGUGGAAGAGUUGACGCGGCAGCUUGAAGAGCUGCGCAGAGGCCGGGCGCAGCCGGCACCGCCGUCGGCGCAUGAGUUGGAUAAGCUGAGGCGAGAGCUGAUGUACCGAAACAAACUGAACGAGCAACAGAACGGCAGGCUGUCGGCUCAGCGGGCGGCCCUGGGCGCGCGGCAAGAGGAGAUGCGAAGCAUCGAUCGCCGCGUGUCCGAAUUACAGGCGAGACUGCUUCGGAAGCGGGCUCUCAACCGGCAGCUGGCGGCAGCGCAUCGGCAGCCGCAGCAAAGAACAUCGAAUCAGUCGUCAAUGCAGCAGUUGUCUGGGUAUCCUGGCGGACCGAAGAGUCAGCAAGCGAGGGGCAACGUUGCUGCGGUGGAACCUUACAACCAUGUGCCGCAUGCGCCUAGCCUCACGCAUAACUCUAAUUUCCAAGGGAUGAAGCAAAACGUAAUACAAAAUAAUGUGCCAUUAAAACAGCUAACGCAAAGUGAUAAUAUGCAGAGCCAUUUAACGCAACAAGAAGCACAUUAUCUACAGCAGAAGCAAAUGAUGAACCCGCUGUACAACGGCUACCCCCACCUACAAGGGCAAGAGUACCAGGGACAGUACCCCAAGCACGACGCCUAUAGUCACGUACAACAGGGAAUCUCUAACCCGUACGAUCAAAAGUCAAUGUUCGACCAUCUAAACAAAUACAACGAGUAUUCCAAACAACCUCAGUACAGCCCUAAUAGUACAAGUAGUUCUAACAGUAAUCAAAAUCAAAACGGGAAAGAACUCAAAAUUAACGAACAAGAGUUCUUACCCGAAUUUGCAGCCAGUAAAUCAGAUCCAAAGUACCAGACAUUGCCAUAUAAUACAAAAUUCCCUCAGACCGGUAAAUUAAAACAACCAGAAGUCAACGGAAAGAAUGAUAGUCAAGAAAACAAGAACCAAGCCAAUAUUAACGUAAACCAUAUGACAGUACAUUCUACGCCAUUGUCGGUUGUAAAUAAGAGUCUGGCAACCCCACUAAGUCAACACGAAACUACAUAUCAACAGGAGCAUGCAUAUCAAUUGCAGAAAUCAGAUUCUUCUAAUAGAUGUAACCAAGAGGGUAAAGAAAAUCAUACAUAUCAACACAAUUCUAGGCUAAGUCAGAGUAAUAGUCAAAGUAAUGAUGGCUCGAAGAGUAGCGGAGGGAAAAGUUUACAGGGUAACGCAAUGAAAGGAAACUCUCCAAGCUUCGCGUCCACUACGACCACUGCUAGCAGUUCUAUAGGAUUUGGAAAACCCGUAUCGAGUGUAGCCCCUACAUCGGUUCAGGUCUCAAGCGGGAAGCCAUCACCCAUAUAUCAAACAUCCUCCACAAAGAUUCAACCCGUCCAACCGCAAACCGUCCAAACCCAAAGCCUCGCACCCCCAUCUAAUCACAUAGUUAGUAACACGGUCACUUCCCAACCCCAGAUUGUGAGGAACUCCGCGUCAGGGCUUUCGAGCGGGACGGGCAGUUAUCCCGGUCAGAACUCCUCGCAAAGCAUCUUGUUGUCCCCUCCGCAAAGCGCUAGCACCCCACUGUCUACCCCCGACGUGAGCGGCGCCGACAAGUCUCCCAAACCUGCACUACCACCAAAACCAACGAUAAAGACUCCACCAAGGCAAUCGGUGAUCAACGAAGCUACUUUCAAUCAAGCCGACACAAACAUGCCCACGAUUCCUGUCCCGGACUCGUCCAACGACAGCGAAUCACAAAGUCAAAAAGAACUCAGUAACGGCAGCAGCAGUAAUGACAUGAUUAUAAAAGCACGUCCACUAACGAUUAGAAAACCCCCGUUGAGUGAGCAGCCUAAGCUAAGGAACCAUACCAAUUCUAAAAACGCGGUCAGCGUCAGCAUCAACCGCCGAAUCGAAAUGCCGCCGGCAUUUUUAUUCCCAGAAAUGGAUCACUUAACUUUAGAUUCAGUGCCUAUGGAAAUGCAGAACGGCCUAAAAGAGAAAACGAAAAGCAAGGAUGAGGUAGAUAAGCUAAUGAAUAAUAACAUAUCUAUAAGUUCAAACGAGAAGAGUGAAGACAAGGAUAACGUGUUGGAUAUAGCGGAGCAGAUAAGUUCCGUCGACUUGAACGGUCAGGAUUCUCAGGGCUCUGAGAAUGUGCUGAGGCGGUCAAAGAAAGGGAACCUGAAGCAAGGCGGCAAGCCGCCGCUGGCGAGGCGAGUAAGCUUCGAUCCCCUCGCGCUACUGCUGGAUGCUAGUUUAGAAGGCGAGUUGGAGCUUGUCAAGAAAACUGCAACACAGGUGCAGAAUGCAAGCGCUGCAAAUGACGAAGGGAUCACAGCUCUGCACAACGCCAUCUGUGCGGGGCACUUUGAAAUUGUUAAGUUUCUCGUGGAGCUAGGAUGUGACGUGAACGCGCAGGAUUCAGAUGGAUGGACGCCAUUGCACUGCGCGGCGUCUUGUAACAACCUGCCAAUGGUGCGAUUCCUCGUCGAUAACGGAGCGUGCAUAUUUGCAACGACGCUGUCAGACCACGAGACGGCGGCUGAAAAGUGCGAGGAGGACGAAGAAGGCUUUGACGGCUGUUCAGAGUAUCUAUACAGUGUCCAAGAGAAGCUAGGCAUAAUGAACAACGGCCUAGUGUACGGCGUGUUCUCAUACACGGCGGCGCGACCGGACGAGCUGUCGUUCGAGACCGGCGCGCGCCUGCAAGUUCUCCGCAAGGGGGACGACAGCGAGCGGGAAUGGUGGUGGUGCCGCGAUGAUAGCGGCCGCGAGGGCUACGUGCCUAGGAACCUGCUGGGGUUAUAUCCAAGAGUAACCCCGCAGCAGGAAUGAAGAAACAAUGAAGCUUAACAAUAUUAUGACCUGAUAUCAUGUACAGUUCUCUAAUUUUUAAAUUAUUUAUAUAAUUGUAAUCUAUAAAAAAUACUGUAUCUAUACAAUUUUAUCAGAUCUAAUAUUUUGUACAUAUUUAACUUAGUUCAAAACGAAUGAGAUUAUGUUGUACAUUUUAUAAAUAUUUGAGUCAUCAUUUAAAUUGAUCGUGGAAAUUUGUAUAUUGUUCUUAGGACGCUGCAAAUAUUGUGAGAUAUUAUACAUAAAUUGACAAUACAAAUAUGAAUGGAAACAA